AAGGAUCCGCACAGCGCUACGGCCAAGCGCCGGAGGCAAUUCUGCUCAAUCUGAGACACUACCACGGAUUCGUCAUCGGCGAGUCCCUUCAUAAGAGCGAUAGUACUCACGCCGGCCAGAGGUGUGCUCACAUUGUCGCUCGACCGCCUUCCGUACUCACUUACACCUGCUUGUUGGUCUUGCAGCAUGUCGACCUCUGCUCUCACCAUUAUUGCCGCCUUCACAGGCAGGGUAGCUUCCAACCUCAGACACUCCAUCCGAGAUCGACACUCUCCCGCAGCUGACGAGAAUGAAGCGAUGCCUUCGACUGCCGGUGCUGCAACGUCGCGUUCGGGACUAUCUCCGCAUGUCGAGGCACCGCACUCACGACAGAGUCCUCCCCCCCAGACCAACGCUGAGCCGGCGGAUACAAACUCUGCUCAAAGCAUGGAUGAAGCGCUGGCUACUGAAGCUGAAACCUAUGGACUGGAACGCCAUUGGCCACGUACGCCCCACGAGUCUCCAAUCAGUGUAUCCGAUCCCCGAACCUAUGGUGAGGCCAUAAUCUAUCCUGGGCGUCAUGAAUCUUCCCGAGCCGAUCAAUGGCAAAGAUUCACCGGACAACUCGAGCGCUUGCCAAGAUACGAUACGCUUGCCCCGUCUGCCCCUCCUCCGGACUAUGAGCUUGCCAUUGAUGCGGUCUGGGUCCAGUACGAGCAGGACCAGGCCAUAUGCGCCCAAGAGGAGCUUGAUCGCAGGCGUCAGGCGUUAGUGAUGGCGGACAGGCGAUUCGGCGAAUACAUGUUUGGCUUCUUCAUACACGAUGAGACCUACGUGGCCCCGACUGUGUGGCCAUGGUGACGAGCGGGGGAAUAUUGAUCCGGCAAAGGUCCUUCCGCACCUGAUCGUGAUUUGCCCUCAGACUCUGUCCUAAUAGACGUUGUCUCGCGAGCUGAACAGCUCAGAUACGAGAAAUUGUAUAUCUUCUUGCCCAGUAGGUAUGAUGUUUGGUCUCUGUACUGAUUUUCCAGGCUUGAGCAUCGCUUGGCUAGAAGG